AUUCAAAAUGGCCGUCCCUACCAAAGCUGCGGCCUUCGUGGCCUCGUCUCCGUGCUUCGCUGCCUUCCACAGCGCGCAAGUCACGUCAUCUUUAGCCGAGGGUGCCAAGAAGUACAUUGGUACGCACAAUGGCACGUUCCACUGCGACGAGGCGCUGGCUGUUUCGAUGCUCAAGCUGCUGCCAAAGUUCGCAGCCCACGACAUUUUGCGCACCCGUGACGAGGCCAAGUUGGCCCAAUGCGAGGCUGUCGUGGAUGUGGGCGGUAUCUACGACCCGGAGGCGCUGCGCUUCGACCACCACCAACGCACCUUCACGGGUACCUUCGACCAGCGCGAUACUAAACUGUCGAGCGCCGGUCUGGUCUACAAGCACUUCGGCCGCGAAAUUAUCCAGCACCUGGCUGCCCCCACGACGCUGGACGACGCCACACUGGACAUUCUGCACCAGAAGGCGUACAAGAACUUCGUCGAGCACAUUGACGGCAUUGACAAUGGCGUCGAAGUGGCUACUGCAGGAGACGCUAAGCUGACCUACAACUACCAAGUGUCAACUAGUCUGAGCAACCGCGUGGGCUACUUGAACCCGCGCUGGAACGAGGACCAGAGCGAGAAGCGCGUCAACGAGCAGUUCCAGCAGGCCAUGUACAUGACUAUUACUGAAUUUACGGACGCCAUCCACGACCUCGUGCACUCGUGGCUUCCUGCUCGCGAGAUCGUGGAGAAGGCUGUGUCCAACCGCUUCCAGACACACAAGUCCGGUGAGAUCGUGCACUUCCCCGAGUACUGCCCGUGGAAGUCGCACCUGCACGACUUGGAGGAGAAGCUCAUGAUCCCCGGUCAGAUCAAGUUUGUGCUUUACAACGACGCUACGGGCAGCAUGACGCGCGUGCAAGCGCUCAAUGUUGAGCCGGGCUCGUUCGCGCUGCGCAAGGGACUGCUUCCGGCCUGGCGUGGUCUGCGUGACGAGGAGCUUUCUCGUGUUUCGGGCAUCGAGGGCUGCACCUUCGUGCACAACGCCGGCUUCAUCGGCGGCAACCGUACUUUUGAGGGUGCACUCGAGAUGGCCGCCAAGUCGCUUGAGGCUCCUGAUGAGCAGACACAGUAAAGGAUCGUACACUUAGGAAGCAACUCGCUAAUGCAUCUAGAACUUGUCCACGUUGAAGGGGACUGAUAAUCUAAUGCAGGUAGAACUUGAUCACGUCUUUUGUGCAACGUAAGA